AAUUUCUGUUAAUUCAGGUGAAAAAUCUCACUCAGAUCGUUUUGGGUACACUUUUUCUACUUUCUUAAUUUCUACAUCAAGCAAUAAAAAGGAGCUGUCCUCUUCUCUCCUUGGAUUGUCUUCUUCUCUCUUUGGAUUGAUUUCAUAGAUUUAUAAGUAGUCACUGUUUUUGGGUUUCCAUAACAAGACUUUGGAUCUUUUUCAGUGUAAACUCCAAGUUCAAUACAAACCUUUUGGAUAGAGCUUGAUUCUUUCAUGGGUAUCCGAGCUCUUUGCUCUUCUGGGUUCCAAGUUUGAAUCUUUACCAGAUUUCAUCUGGGUUUUAUUUGGUUUUCUCUGUUGUGGAACUCAAUCUGAUUUUUGGAGAGUGUUAUGCGAAUUUGAGGUGGGUUUUCGCUGGAAGGUUCAUCAAUGGCAGCAGGUCAAGAUUUGAUUGAGCUCAAAUUCAGGCUAUCUGAUGGCACCGACAUAGGUCCACACAAGUAUAGCCCAUCUACCACUGUACAAUCACUUAAAGAGAAAAUACUUGCACAAUGGCCUAAAGAGAAAGAAAAUGGUCCGAGGACAAUAAAUGAUUUGAAGCUUAUUAAUGCGGGAAAGAUACUGGAAAACAACAGGACCCUAGCUGAUUCCAGACUUCCAGUCGGUGAACUACCAGGAGGUCUCAUCACUAUGCAUGUGGUUGUGCGUCCUCCUAUUGCAGACAAAAAGAAUGAUAAAUUGCUGAAUGAUUCUCCAGAGAAGCCUCGAUGUUCAUGUUCAAUAUUGUAGCUUCUCUUAACAAGCUUGAGAAAGCUUCCUCAGUCUGUUAGUGUCAUUCUGUGUCUUUUCAUUUGUUGCCGACGAUGAGAUGCUGUUAACAAUCUAAGUUCCCUUUCACAAGUGGCAGCAAGAAGUUCAUGGAUCCAUCAGCCAGACUUUUGUUACUUUGAAUCUUGUUGUCUCCCUCCGUAUGUAAAACAGCUUAUAGUUCCUUAUUGCAUAUGAUUUGUUAAUGAGAAAAGGACCACAUUGUUGCGUUGGGAGCCUCUGAUUUAUUUUCAUGAAUGAAUACAAGUGUAAAAGAAAAAACAUCAAACGACCUUAAUUAAUUUGAUUGAUUUGCGAG